AACUAUUGCUAUUUCCCAACGGUAUUCUCUCUCUAAAACGACGUUUACCGCCUUACCGGAGAAGAAGACUGAAGAGUGAGAAACUCUCCGGCCGCCUCACCGGAGAAGACGACUGAAGACUGAGAAACUCUCCGGCCGCCGUUCAAAUGCUCUCCGAACUCCAUCGAUUCUACGUCCUCUGCCUCUUCCUCCUUCCGUUCCAUGUGAAUUCACAGAUUACAUCAUUGGAUCGAGAUAUCCUCCUCAACCUCAAGCAACAAUGGGCCAAUCAAUCAGACCUAACGUCGUGGAACUCAUCAUCAUCACCGUGCGAUUGGCCAGAGAUCCUCUGCAAUGGAGGCGUUGUAACUGGAUUACUCCUUCGUGACAAGAACAUCACCGAACCGCUACCGCAGACGAUAUGCUUUCUUCGAAAUCUUACAUUCCUUGAUCUCUCGUAUAACUACAUUCCAGGUGAGUUUCCGAAAUCUCUGUAUAAUUGCUCGGAACUUCAAUAUCUAGAUCUAUCGCAGAAUUACUUUGUUGGCACAAUUCCGGAUGAUAUUAACCGGAUCUCGUCCAAGCUAUGGUUUAUUAGCCUUGGCGCUAAUAAUUUCUCUGGAGAUAUUCCUUCUUCCAUUGGCUUAUUGCUGGAGCUUCGAGUACUCCAUUUAUAUAAAAACGAGUUCAAUGGUACAUUUCCGUCUGAUAUCGGUAACUUGUUGAAUCUGGAGAAUCUAACAAUGGCGUAUAAUGGUAAGCUUUUGCCGGCGGUAAUACCGCCGGAAUUUGGAAGAUUAAGUAAGCUGAAGCAGUUAUGGAUGACUCAAAUGAAUUUGAUCGGUGAAAUUCCUGAAACUUUUGAGAACUUGUCGAGUCUCGCUUCAUUAGAUCUCUCUAGAAACAAUUUAAAUGGAGAGAUUCCACGUGGUUUGCUUUUACUGAAGAAUCUGAGUUACCUGUAUUUGUAUAGGAAUCAAUUGUCUGGUCAAAUUCCUUCAAUGAUCGAAUCGAUCAAUUUGAUGGAAAUCGAUCUGUCGAUGAACAAUUUGACAGGUCCGAUACCGGAAAAUGUAGCAAAUCUGCAGAAAUUGGAACUUCUUCAUCUCUUCUCCAAUAAUCUAUUUGGAGAGAUUCCAUCAGCCAUUGCAUUGAUUCCUUCUCUCAAACACCUCCGUCUGUUCCAGAACAAUUUCACCGGCAAUCUACCGCCGGAACUUGGACUCCACUCUCAGCUUCAAGCUCUUGAAGUUUCAGAGAACAGUUUCACUGGAAAUUUACCGGAAAAUCUCUGUAAAAGUGGAACUCUGACUGGUGUGGUGGUUUUCUCCAACAAAUUGACUGGUAAAGUGCCUGAAUCACUUGGAAGUUGCCCUAGUUUACGAACGGUGCAGUUAUACGGGAACAAUUUCUCCGGAGAGGUGCCACAAGGCCUCUGGAUAUCCAAGAGUCUAUACAGCUUGAUGCUGAGUGAUAAUUCUUUUACUGGGCGGCUACCGGAGAAAGUUGGAAUGAAUUUAUCCCGGUUAGAGAUUAGCAAUAACUUUUUCUCCGGCGAGAUUCCAACAGGUAUUUCAUCUUGGUCUAAUUUGAGUGUGUUCUUGUCAAGUAACAAUCGUUUUUUCGGUCAAAUCCCCUUAGAAUUAACAAAUCUUUCUCACUUAAUCACACUUUCACUUGAUGGGAAUUCCUUUUCUGGAGAAAUCCCAUUAAAGAUCAUUUCUUGGAAUUCUCUAACAAGUCUAAACCUCGCUAGAAACAAUCUCUCCGGCCAAAUCCCAUCAGUUUUUUCUUCUCUUCCAGAUCUUCUAGUUCUCGACUUAUCAGAAAAUCAAAUUUCAGGACGAAUACCACCUGAAUUAGCUAAACUAAAGUUAACCACCUUAAACCUUUCAUCUAACCAUCUCUCAGGAAAAAUUCCAAAUGAAUUCGAUAACUUGGCAUACGAGAAUAGCUUCUUGAACAAUCCAAACCUAUGUUCCAUCAAUCUCCAUACAUGUUCAUCCAAAACCCGUCACACCAACCACUUAUCAUUCAAAAUCCUAGCCGUGGUUCUCGUCCUAUCCAUCACCCUUCUACUCCUAACUAUCUUCUCAACGAUCAGAUUGCUCAGAAUCCACAAGAAGAAGAAGCUCAAACGAGAUUUAGGCCUCUGGAAGCUCACAUCAUUCCAGAAGCUAGAUUUCACCAAAGCGAACAUUGUCUCAUGCCUAACCGAAUCCAAUUUGAUCGGUAGUGGAGGAUCAGGGAAAGUAUAUCGUGUACAAACCAGCUGCCCGGGGAAUUACGUUGCAGUGAAGAGGAUCUGGACUGGGAAAAAUAUUGAUCAACAAUUGGAGAAAGAGUUCUUGGCUGAAGUUGAGGUAUUGGGUAAAAUUCGACACUCGAAUAUAUUAAAGCUGAUGUGUUGCAUUUCGAGGGAGGAAUCAAAAUUGUUGGUUUAUGAGUUCAUGGAGAAUAGGAGUCUUGAUCAAUGGUUACAUGGGAAGAAGAAAGGAUUGAUAUUGAAUAUUGUUAAUUUGGAUUGGAAGAGGAGGAUGAAGAUUGUAAUGGGAACAGCUCAAGGGUUGUGUUAUUUGCAUCAUGAUUGUUGCUUACCGAUUAUACAUAGGGAUAUUAAGUGCAGCAAUAUUCUCUUGGAUGCUGAUUUCAAUGCUAGGAUUGCUGAUUUUGGACUUGCUAAGAUCUUGGCUAAGGCUGGUGGAGAAGAUGAUUCGGUUUCUUCUAUUGCUGGUUCUUUUGGCUACAUUGCUCCAGAAUGUGCAUACACUACAAAAGUGAACGAGAAGAUUGACAUAUACGGAUUCGGAGUGGUGCUAUUAGAACUAGUGACGGGCAAAGAGGCGAGCCAAGGAGAUGAGAACUCGAAUCUAGUUGAAUGGGCAUGGAACCAACACGGUGAAGGAAUACCCGUGGAGGAAAUACUAGACGAGAGUGUUAAGAAACAAUGUUAUCUAAAGGAAAUGUCACUCGUUUUCAGCCUUGGGCUUGUAUGCACCAGCACAUUACCAUCUUCCCGACCUUCAAUGAAGGAGGUCCUACAAGUGCUCCGUCGUUGUAAUGGUGGCUUAUCGGGUGGGGACAACAACGUGAGAGUCGAGCGCGAUGUUUCGCCACUCCUUGGUAGUGGAAAGUAUGUAUCUGCCUAUAAUGAUCGUAACAACCGGACUAAUGAAGAUUAGUUGAAGUGCAUGCUAGUUGUAUUUAUAUAUAUAUAUAGUAUAGUUUGGAUAAUUGAAACUUUUUUAUUUGUAUUUUUAUAUAGUGAAUGUAUGAAGAAAGGCUUGAUACUUGAUAUCAAUUCAUACAAUCAAACCCAUUAUCAUAUUCUUAGACUAUGAUCCAAUAGAAUGAAGAAAAUGAACUUUUUAUUAUU